AUGGCUGUCGUUGAGCUCCUCGCCUCACCCUGGGCACCGGUCCUGUUGGUGGCAGGCAUCGCGGUCUACUAUCUCUAUCCUUACUUUGUCACGUUCGCCCAGAUCCGCGACAUACCGGCUCCCUUCCCGGCGCAAUUCACCAACUUGUGGCUGCUCUCUGUUGUCCGGCGCGGCAACAGAUACCUCACGGUCGACCAAGUCCACAAGAAGCUGGGCCCCGUCGUCCGAAUUCAGCCAAACCAUGUGAGCAUUGCCGACGACGACGCCAUUCAGACCAUCUACGGUCACGGCAACGGCUUUCUGAAAGCCAACUUUUACGAUGCCUUCGUCUCCAUCCGUCGCGGUCUCUUCAACACCAGGGACCGCCAUGAACACACGCGCAAGCGCAAGAUGGUCUCGCACACCUUUUCCGCCAAGUCCAUCAGCCAGUUCGAGCCGUACAUGCACGGGAACCUGGUGCUCUUCGUCAAGAAGUGGGACGAGCUCGUCAAGAACAACCCGGCCGGCGCCACCAUUGACUGCCUGAAGUGGUUCAACUACCUGGCGUUCGACAUCAUCGGCGAUCUCGCCUUCGGCGCGCCCUUUGGCAUGCUCGAGUCCGGCGCCGACAUCGCCGAGGUCCGCGAGUCGCCCACCAGCCCGCCCAUCUACGCGCCCGCCAUCGAGAUCCUGAACAGGAGAGGCGAGGUCUCGGCGACGUUGGGAAUCCUGCCCGAGCUGAAGCCAUGGGCAAAGUACCUCCCGGACCCCUUCUUCAGCCAGGGCCUGGAGGCCGUGCAGAACCUCGCGGGCAUCGCCAUCGCCCGGGUCAAGGCCAGGCUGGACAACCCGCCCGACGUUGACCGUCUGGACCUGCUGGCGCGUCUGAUGGAGGGGCGUGACGAGAAGGGGGAGCCCCUGUGCCGGGAAGAGCUCACGGCCGAGGCGCUGACCCAGCUGAUCGCCGGGAGCGACACGACGUCCAACUCGUCCUGCGCGCUGCUGUUCCACGCGGCGCGAACCCCCGGCGUGCUCGAGAAGCUGCAAAGGGAGCUCGACGACGCCAUCCCCGCCACCUGCGAGGUGCCGACCUACGACAUGGUCAAGGACCUGCCCUACCUCGCCAUGGUCAUCAACGAGGCCCUCCGCCACCACUCCACCUCGGGCAUCGGCCUCCCGCGCGAGAUCCCGGCCGACUCGCCUGGCGUGACGAUCCGCGGCCACUACUUCCCGCCCGGCACGGUCCUCAGCGUGCCGUCGUACACGAUGCACCACUCCAAGGAGAUCUGGGGCCCGGACGCCGACGACUUCCGCCCGGAGAGGUGGGAGGCGCCGACGGCGAGGCAGAAGAACGCCUUCAUCCCCUUCAGCACGGGGCCGAGGGCCUGCGUGGGGAGGAACGUGGCCGAGAUGGAGAUGAAGCUGAUCGUGGCGACGUGGGCGAGGAGGUACCGCGUCGAGCUGCGGCAGGAUUACAUGGAGACGAGCGAAGGCUUCCUGAGGAAGCCCCUGGGAUUGGAUAUCAACAUCAAGAGACGGUAG